AUGGUAGGAGGAAUGAUAGGUGGCAAAGUCCACAACAGAGUCAAUUGGAAGUGGAGAACUUUGCUUAACUUGUGUGCUUACUCAGUCAAAGACCCUACAACACUCACUGAGGCCCAAAGAUUCAGCCGCAUCUAUAGAUCUUGUCUUAGGAGACUAUGGCUUCUCAAUUGUUGUAGAUUGAGGUGGGCGACAGCAAAUCAUAAGAACUAUUUUGAGCACAUCGAGAGGGUAAGAAAAGAAUUUGAAGCAGCCAAAAGUUAUCCACCUGAGAAAUACAGCUAUUUUAUUAACUCUCCCCCUUUAAAUUUGGCACAGAAUAUUGGCAAAAUUUCCAUUUUUUUGGUUCUAAACCCCUCAAAUGUAGCAAAUUUUUUCAAUAAGAAACUUUUAUAGAAAACUAAUUUUUUAUAAAAUUAGUUUUGACCUAAUUUAAUUUAAACAGUGUAAGUAGAAGAUUAUUUAAAUAGCUUUUGAAUGAAUCGACUAGCUUUUUUUAUAAAAUAAUUAAAAUUCAUUUAAUUUAUAUAAUGAUUUUAUAGAGAAAAAAUUAAACCCCCGAAAUGGAAUAGAUUUUUUUUACAAUUUUAAAAAGGAGGAGUAAAGAAAAAGAAGAAUGACUUGAAUUCACCUUUUUCCCUGCAAUAUCUCAAUGGCCUUCAAGGCAAUACUCAGCCAAAUUCAACUUGAAUGUAGCUUAUCCAGAAGCUUUUCACAAUGGAGAUGAUGCUGGGUAUUAUAAGCCAAAACCUUUGCUUGGAUUAUCUCAAGGAACCGGGCCUUAUUAUGCAGAUUACCCUAGCUCCUCCCUCCGUGAGAAAAAACCAUUAGAAAAAUCCCUAUUUUUGGAGUAAAAAAAAAAUUUUUACAGCAAAAAAAUAUUUUGAUAUAUAAAUGGUAAUUAGUAUAAUGAAAUUUCUAGUUAAUUCUGUUGAAUCUAAGCAGAUUGUUUUUUAAAAACAUAAGUUUUACAACUUAAAUUAACUUUUGCUUUCCAAUUUCGUGAAUCGCAUUUUUGAAAAUUCGAAAAAAAAUUACUAUAAAAAUUUAUUAUAUAAUUUUUAAAAAAAAAUAAUCCCUCUAGUAAGGAACAAAAUUUUUUGUUUGCUCACAGAGUGGGAGUAAGCAGCCAAACUUUUGGGCUAUAGACAACGAUGCGCCUGCUAUUGAAGAUCCAUAUCUAGAGGAUUAUUUGAAGAAAAUCGAGGAUCCUAACUUAAGAGAUAGAGCUGAGAAUAAGCUUUAAUAACUGAUUAGAUUAAAAUUCUAGAAAGUCUUUAGGGAUUAUUCAGCCUUCGAGUUGGCGCUAACUCCCCCCCCCCCCUCCGUGAGCGAACAAAACCAUUAGAAAAAAUCGCCAUUUUUUGACCAAAAACCCACCCUCCGUGAGUGAACAAAAAUUUUUUUAAUAGAAAAAAUUUUAAUGGAAAAAAAUUUGGAUAUAUAAGUGAUAAUUAGUAUAAUGAAAUCUAGAGCUAAUUCUGUUUAAUUUUUAAACAAAUUGCGUUUUAAAACAUAAAUUUUUGCAAAUUAAAUUAAUAUUUGCUUCCCAAUUUUUGCAAAUUAGGAUUUUUUUAAAUUUCGAAAAAAAUAUUUUUUUAUAAAAUUUAUAUAUAAAAUUUUUUUUAAAAAAAAAAAAUUAACCCCCCUCCGUGAGCGAACAAAAUUUUUUUGUUCGCUCACGGAGGGGGGGGGGGGAGUAAGCACUAUCCUCACCGUGCCUUUUAGUCCUCUUUUCACCAAAAAGGUGACGUAGGAAGCCUUUCGGGGAGAUCGCCCAGCUCACCUUAUAGGCCCAACCAAGUAGCAAAAACUCCCUCAACCUCCGAAAGGGCUUAGAGCAUAGGUGGAUCGCCUUUGGCCUGUCUGAGUUGUGUCACAAGCUCUGUAAUUCCUCCCAUGGAGUGUUGAAGGACAUUCACCAGUAGGCAUGUCUGCAAGCCAGGAAAAAAAGGUCAAGGGUCAGCCUCUAAACCAAAAAAAUCCACCAUGAAGAACUGCCACAAUGUACUCUUCUCCUCUACGUCCUAAUCAACUCACAGAACACCAGAUGACGCAAUUUUAAUAAUUCGUUUUUAA